CUCUGCCUAAUUUAGUUGUGCACUUCUGUUACUGCCAACACUGUGGCUAUAGGUUUUCAGGUCAAAUUGGGUGGAUCUCACAUACUGUAUUCUCUUUUCCAGUCUUCAGUGCCUAUUCUCACCUUUAAAGAGCUGGUAAUUGUCUGGACAUUGUCGGUAGUUUGUGAGUAUACAUGUCGGUUGGGCGUGACUAUCCAUUGCCAUGACUGAUACUAUUUAAUUCUUGGUCUGUAUUCUUUGUCUGUUCUCUGAUAAUGGGCCUAAUAUCUAUUUGAUCUACUCUGAAACUAAAUAAAGCAAUCACAGGAAGCCAAACAACAGUUAAUCUUAUUUGAUACACGCAGUUACAUUUUUUAAACAGAUAUACGUUUCACGCCUUAAGUAUGUUUGGAUAGUGUUGAACACAUUCAUUUGAGCCUUGUGAAGUUUCCCUUGUUUCUCCAUGUUUUCACCUACGGUCACACGUGCUGCGCAGCGUUGGUCCAGAGCCGUCUGCCGUCACGGAGGCUCUGUGGUAUGGGAUUCCUCAGAGAUGGUGUAACACGAGCGUAGAGCCUGAAGCGCUCCUAGGAGCACGCAGGGAAGUUGUGCCGUUAUUGUACGGAAGGUGAAGGGUGGAACUGGGGAGGGUGGGGGUAGAGUGAAAAUCGGUGAAAAACAGACCUAGCUGAACUAGUUUCAGCCUGCUCUUUGUAUGAAGGCUUACAGUUCUCUUGCUGUGGUGUGUGGUCAAAACACAUACCACAUUGUAUACCUGCAGAAGAGAUACAAUGGCUCCUUUAUGUUAAUGUGUAUAGGUUAAGUGUAAAUACAGAGAUUUACACAAGUAAAGGGCACACCUAAAGAGGACUUGAAACUAUUUAGCUAAUUCAAAUAAUUUGGAUCCAACAGCAGAGCUUUAUUUCCUUAAUCAUAUGACCCCAGUAUGACAAAUGGGCUAGGGUUUCGUGUGGAACUAUCUGAGCCUUCUCCUUUAUUUCUCUCCUGUUCGCUGUUGACCUUUCCAUGUGAAAUGGCUUGUGAAUGUCAUCUGGCUAUUUGCCUGUUUGGUGAAGACGGUUGCACUUGAGAAAGGGAACGCUCCUGUGCGAUCUUUGCAGUUACAGAAACCACCUGACCCAACUGGCAAACUUUCUACCAAUGGAGACUACCUUACUACAAACACAGAAUCUCUUGCUCCAUCAUUUAUUCAGAUAAGACACACCCUUCGGAGUGUGUUGAUGAAACUGGAAUCAUUUCUUCAGGCCCUUCAGUUGUUUUUUGUUGAGCCUUGCUAACUGUCACUUGUUGUGUAUACAAUGAACUCAUGACCCAACAGAUAAAGAAACAGGUAAUUAGACCAAAACAUAACAAAGAACAGCAAGAGGAACCAACAUUAUGACCAGGGCUCCAUUAUUUGCACAAUUUACAGACCUCUCAAGUAAGCUUGAGUAGGCAAAUUGUAACUGGAGCUCACUCUUAGUUCGCUUGGUUGAAUUAGUUCAACAAAGGUUCCAGUACUCAGAGAGCCCGUGUGCCCUCGGUCGUGUUUACACAUGUACGGUUCCACCUAGUCAGCUGCGUUUCCCUGCAGUAAUACUUCACAAACACCUUUCAGUUGACAGGCAGCUCACACGAAGGCAACGCACGUGAACCUGAGAUCGUCAAUACUCUGCUGGAAACACCCUGAAAUCAUACGCUUGCUUCAUAGCCCACAGGACAAACAUGUACCGCAGGUUCCAGGCGCCUGAGGAGUCUGCACAGAUUGGAGUGUUACAUGGCCCGCGGGGGGCACACACACACACACCUUCAAGGCCCAUGCGCACCUGUGCCCAGGUGUGCUGAGGAGGAACACAGGCCAAAUUCAUGUUAUUUUCCCCGUGCAUGUAGCUCUAGGGGUUGGUUGCCGUUGGAGACGGACAGACCAUAACAACACUGGCAAUAGCUUGGUGACUCAAUGCUGUGUCGAUGAUAAUCACUGUGCGAAACAAUAAGAGGGCAUUACUUGUUUGUGCUACAUAGCUGCAUGGAAAACAAGGAAAGUAUUGAUGAAAAUUGGAAAAUGUCAGUAUAAGACGGCAUCUGACAGUAGAAGGUGGCAACUGAAAGGUGUGAAUGUUUUUUUUAGCUAUGAUUAUGUGGGUAAAAGUCUGUUUUUAUUAGAUUUUUCCCAGUCCUCUAAGUGAAAUAUCCAAAGACUAUCAUUAUUUACGAGAACAGUCAAGAACAGGUAUGUAUUUUAGAGGUUAUGGUUCGGGCCUCUGAACACAAUAAGUUGAAAUUUUCAGGAUGUUUUUAUUUACCGACCAUUGUCAAAAUAUGUAAAAUGUCAAUUGACUAUGAUCAGUGACUAUGGAUGUCGUUUAAAUAUGAAAAUGAUCGGAUGUCUAAUAUCAUUAUUACUCAGAGAAAGACAGUAAUAGUGUAUCACAAUUGUUACAGUGUGGUUGUCUUAAAAACAACCCAGAAAGCCCUCUAAAGAUUGUGGACCUUGUUUUGAAUCUCCAGUCUUAGCUGUCAAAUGGAACAGCCAAAGAGGUUGAUUGUGCUAUUAGAUCUAAACAAGGAUUUCAAUGUUGGCAGACAUAAGGUCCCCCUGUCAAUCAUGUUGUGAAAACUGUACCUACAUUAUAGUUUACUUGUAAGACAGGGUAGUAGAACUGAUGCUGUUUAUUUCUUUUUUAUUUCCAUUAUGUAUAGUACUCAGUUAAAAGCUUCUCUUAGUUUGUUUUUAGAUUCUGUAGUGUACAUAUGACAGGUCUUUCAGGAAAGUCCUAUAUGUUGCUACCUGCAGACUGUGACAGACAAGCAAAACACAUUCUUGUUAUACCACAUGACUAUAUACAGCCGUGUACAUUGCCAACAGGAGAUGUGUGUGUGUGUGUGUGUGCGUGCGUGAGUGUGAGUGUGUGUGUGUGUGUGUGUGUGUGUGUGAGGAGUGGUUGCAGGAACUGGGGGCACUGGAGGGUUUCAGGUUACACUGCCGGCCUCUCUCACCUCUCUGCAGAUGGAAUCCCCAAACGCCUCAGCUAACUUUAGAAAAGGAAAACAAUCCAUACACACACACACACACACACACACACAUAUAUAUGUACAGGAAAAGACACAUGCAUUUAUGAACAAACAUAGAUGUGGCCACACACACAGACACAAUAUCCACAUAAACAAAAACAGAUGCAUGCACGUGUAUGCAUACGCGCACAAACACACACACACACACACACACACACUCUUUUACACACAAGCAUGUGCAUGCUUUCCUCCAGUUUAGACAGACCCACACGCCUUCACUCACUAAUGGUCACGCAUGCUCUCACACACUGUGGGCCGCACUGAUCCGACGUCAGCACGUUCCAGCCCAGAGGACUAUGGACUCUGGCUCUCCUGAUUACUGAGAGAUCACAGUGUGUAAAUCCUGUGGCCUGACAGCUCAAGGGCCUCUUGUGGGCUUUCAUUUGGCCGCUGAGGGUCUCGUCCCUGCCUGUUGGCAGCCAGGCACACAAUCUGAAGGACACUUUGCCCUCUGGUGGUGAAAAGUGGUAAUGAAUAGUCCCACUCCUCAUCUCACUCUACCUCCCCAGUCCAACUCCAUAUUUUAACAUCCCACUAUCAUAUUUUCAAUAAUAUGAUAUUGUUAUUAAAGUGUUACGUUUAUUUAUAUGCAUUUUAUAUGUACUGUACAUGCACUUUGUUUACAUUUGCCAAGAAGCAGCAACGGUAAAGAGUUUGGAGAGAGGAACAUUUACAUGAUCCAAUGUUAUAAAACCGGUUUUACAUUCUGGUUUGUGAUGGCUGAAGCUAUAUCUGUUUAUUCACUAGUGAUCUCCCAAAAACCUUACCCUUAAAACUUGUCUAAUGUCUAAUGACUGACUUAAAGCAUGCUUGACAUCUGUACUUCUUUCAGUUAGUAACAUUACAUUACCUCUGAUUACUGUAACUGGUGGGAUGAUGUGUGUGGUAAUCUGUGAAAUUUGUCCAUGGUGACCCCCCUCUGUCCCUCAAAAAAAGGGAGAGUCAUAACUGUGCUGAAUAAUUAAAGGAAGAGAAAUUGAGCGGCUCUAGUGUUUCGGGGCUGUUAUUGUUCCUGUGUGAGGCUGCUGAAUGGCAGCUUAAAACGUGAACUCCUCAUGCGCGAGGCUCAUCGCUGGGCGGGUACGGGUCAGUCCAGGGUUGGGGCUGUUGGUGUGGCCCACACUGAAGCUGAACUGCAAGGGGACUGAGGAUGCCUCGGGACAAGCUUGUCACCUCAGAGAGUGAUGUCAGCAUUGAGGUGAAUGCAGAGAAUGAAGAUGACCAUACAGAUUCCAAUGACACAGGCAGAGAAGUGACGAGAAGGAGAAAAACAAGAGAGAGGAGAGAAAGAGAAAACAAGAGAAAGGCAAAGAAUGGAGGGAGUAAGGGCGUUCCAGGACAUGACAUAAAGGAACGACCUGAGAGAGAGCACAGGAGAGGGAAGGGCGAGAAACGUAAAAACAAGGAGAAAGAAAAGACCGGAAUAGAGGAAGACGAUGAAGAGGUUGACAGAGAUCACAGGAGAGCGAAGGGCGGGAAACGUAAAGAUAAAGAGGAAGAAAAGACAGGAAUAGAGGAAGACAAUGAAGAGAUGGACAAAGAGUCCCAAAACCAGAAAAAGAAGGGGAAACAUGGAAAAGUGAAAAAGCUGCUUAAAGACGAGAAAGACACCAGGAAUCACAAGAGACAAGAAACUUCUAAAACAGAGGUAGAGAUAAAUACCAAUCAAAAGAAAGUCAAGAAGAAACAAGAAGAUGAACCACAACAGAGAGACAAAGGGCAUACAAAAAGAAAGGUGAAAGCUGAAACCAGUUCUGAAUCCUCUGACCUCUCAGACGUGGAAGAAUUAACAGAGGAAGAGGAGGAAGAUGAAGAGGAGGUGGGGAUAGUGGUGGGGGCUCUGACUCCAGAGGAGCUAGAGAAACUGAAGGAGGCGGUGGACGACAGGAAGAAGCUUGUCAGCACGCUCAGAGUAAAGCCCUGGUCCAUGAUGAAGAAACUACAAACCCUCAAGGAAUCCCAGGAGUUUGUGGAGAAAUAUGAGGGUGCUCUUGGGAAAGGAAGGGGCCGAAAGCUGUAUGCCUACAAAGUCAUGAUGUCAAAGAAAUGGAUGAAGUUCCUGCGGGACUUUGAGAACUUCAAGACAGCAUGCAUUCCCUGGGAAAUGAAGAUCAAAGACAUAGAAAGUCAUUUCGGAUCCUCUGUUGCGUCCUACUUCAUCUUCCUCAGAUGGAUGUAUGGAGUUAAUAUUAUUCUCUUUGGACUGACAUUUGGCCUGGUCAUGGUACCAGAGGCACUGAUGGGAAGACCGUAUGGAAGCAUUCCUAGGAAGACUGUUCCCAGAGCGGAGGAGACGAACGCCAUGGACUUUGCGGUCUUGUGGGAUUUUGGGGGGUUUGCUAAGUACUCGGUGCUCUUCUAUGGUUACUACAACAACCAGCGGACUGUUGGCUGGCUGAAGUUCCGCAUGCCUCUCUCUUACUUCCUGGUUGGGGUUGGCACAGUGGGAUACAGCUACAUGGUGGUCAUAAGGAGGAUGGCCCGCAACGCCAAUGAGCAAGGCGGUGGAGACGACACCAGUUUCAACUUUAGCUGGAAGACAUUCACCAGCUGGGACUACCUCAUAGGGAACUCUGAAACUGCAGACAACAAGUUUGCCUCCAUCACAACCAUUUUUAAGGAGGCCAUUGUGGAGGAGCAAGAGAGCAGAAAGGACGACAACAUCCACCUGACCCGCUUCCUCAGGGUCCUGGCCAACUUCCUGGUGCUGUGCUGCUUGGCAGGAAGUGGAUAUCUGAUCUACUAUGUCGUGAGGAGGUCUCAAAAGUUUACCCUCGCAGGGCUGGAGAACUACGGCUGGUGGGAACGAAAUGAAGUGAACAUGGUGAUGUCUCUGCUGGGGAUGUUCUGUCCGAUGCUGUUUGACGUGAUCAGCUCUCUGGAGAACUACCACCCUCGUGUCGCCCUCCAGUGGCAGCUCGGGCGCAUCUUCGCCCUGUUCCUGGGGAACCUCUACACCUUCAUCAUCGCCCUCAUGGACGAGAUCAACCUCAAAAGGAAAGAAGAGGAGAUCGUAAAGCUUAACAUGACUAUGUGGCAAGCCAGCCUGUACAACGGAACCCUGGGAGUGAACACCACUGCUCCCAGUAUCACUGCCGAUCCAGCAGAUGUCCCUCGUGGACCGUGCUGGGAAACUAUGGUUGGACAGGAGUUUGUGCGCCUCAUCAUAUCCGACACCAUGACUACGUACGUGACCCUGCUGAUUGGGGACUUCUUCAGGGCGUUGAUCGUGCGCUUCCUCAACUACUGUUGGUGCUGGGACCUGGAGGCUGGCUUUCCAUCCUAUUCAGAGUUUGAUGUCAGCGGAAAUGUCCUGGGCCUAAUCUUUAAUCAGGGAAUGAUCUGGAUGGGAGCAUUUUACGCCCCCUGUCUGCCGGCUCUGAACGUGCUGCGCCUCCACGUCUCCAUGUACCUGCAGUGCUGGGCUGUCAUGUGCUGCAACGUCCCGCAGGAGCGCGUCUUCAAGGCCUCCGGCUCCAACAACUUCUACAUGGCCAUGCUGCUGGUCAUCCUCUUCCUCUCCACCCUGCCUGCCAUCUACACCAUCGUGACCAUCCCCCCCUCCUUCGACUGUGGUCCAUUCAGUGGGAAAUCUCGGAUGAUUGACGUGAUCCAGGAGACCCUGGAGACAGAUUUCCCAGCUUGGAUUGGGAAGGUGUUCAGCUAUGUGUCCAAUCCUGGACUCAUCCUUCCUUUCCUAUUGCUCAUGGUAUUAGCAAUAUACUACCUUCACUCUAUAUCUAAGACAUACAAGCAGUUCAACCUGGAUCUUAAAAAGAAACUUCAAACACAAAAUGAAGAAAAUAAAAAGAAGAAUAAAAGAGCUGCACUUAAGGCAGCAAAUGACCUGGAGGAGGCCAGAAACGCCUCAUCCCAAUUACAGCUGGAACAGCAGAGCAACAACAACGCUUCAAGCAGGGAUGACAGAAGUUUGGACAACAGUGAUGCUACAACUUAUCAGAGAGAGAAUGGACACUCCACAUAUCCAACAAAGAAUCGUUAUGGACCCUCAGAUCCCCAUAGAUACACAAACAGACCUCCAGUUCCAAGAGGACCUGGUAUGCCAGGGUACCUACCAGGUCUUCCACAUCAACCAGCAUCCAAAUUAGCAAGGCGCACUAAUUUACAAGACUGACUGACAAGUACAGACAAUGGAUGGACAGAAUGGAUGUUUUUAUGGAUAAUAAAGGUGCUGAGAAGUGGACAUGGCUACCAAACAUGCACUGCAACUGGCUGGCUGGACAUUCAAAAGUGCCAUUUGAGGAGGAGACUGCGGCCAGAGUUUGAUGGGACAUUCGAGUUGGUCCUUAGGAAUGGAAAUAUCUGACUUACUUUCUUUGAUGGGGGAUAUAGAUGUUCCUGUCACAUGCACUAGGACCAAAGUGUCCAAUGGGACUUUCGUAGAACUACGUGAAGCCUUGUGAACUCUUGUUUAUCUCUUUAUCGCCAUGGUCUGGUGCAACACAAGUGCUUUCGACAAACUCAAUCAAACAGCAUCAGUCUACCACAAGCAAUGUAACUCUAUCUUAGUCCAUGGCUCUUGCCGCAUCACUGGGAAAAUAGACUCUUCAGGUUAUCUCAAGGUUAUAUAAAUAAACACAUUCGUUUGGACUGUCUAGGCAUUACACCACUUCUGUUUUGCUGUAAGUUUAUCCCCAAGUCAAAGCUAUAUUGACAAUGGCAAAGCAGGCAGCCAGUACCUUAAUAACUAGUUGAAAGAAUAUAAUGAAAGUUUGUUCUCAACAGAACUGUCUCUAUGGAAGAAUACAGUGCAAUAUUUUAGUCUAAUUCUAUAGACAGAAGGCUAUCAUACAAUAUAAUACUUUUUUUGUUCUGUGUAUUUCCCCAGAAACAUGCAUUCCAUGUUUAAUCAUGACUGGUCCAUCCUUAUAUCAACAAAUUAAAUCAAACACAGUAUCAGAUUGAUUUCUUGGCUUAACAUUCUACCCCUCCUUAGUAUUACACUUCCCUUAUUACUAAAUCUGAAAAAAGUAUUAGGUGACUACUGUCAUCUCAGUGCAAAGUAUUCUCAAAACCACUCCGGUCAAUCGGGUGUUGAGUGUCUGCAGGGCAGAUUCUUUGCCCAGGCAACAGAUUUGGCAGCGACUGCUUGUUUUCACUUCAGUGAUGGAGGAAUUUUAGCCUACCCUGUGUGGGGUAGAUGCAUAAGACCAUACUUUUCCUGGCAAACGGACCCUACAGAGCGCAGUCCUGGAUGGUCAGUAUUACUUUGGCCCUGAUUAAGAGAAGGGGUGGUCCCUUCAUAUACAGGAUGAUCAGGCAUCUUCCAAAAAAAAAAAAAAAAUGUCAUGCCACCCUGACAUUUAUUCAUUACAGAGUUGGCACACCAGUUUCAUUAACAUUUCAAUGCUAAUACAAAAUUAAUGACCAGCUUAUCAUUAAGUAUUUAUUCAAGUCAUUUGAGACCCUUAGAUGGGAAGCCCUUAAUUUUAUAAACUAAGCUGUGCUGUAGACGGAAAAUAUUGAGCUUUACCCCCCAAAUUUUGCAAUGAACUGCAAAAAAGAAUUACUUGGGUAACGUUGGACGGUUCUCUCUCUAGAGAUCGAAUGAUUAGGCUAUGUUUGCAUGUCUGCAGUGACAUUAACGCGUUUAUAGGUUAGCGCAUUGUUAGUUACAUUGUAAACAAGCUGCUGAAAAAGUUCAGCUGUUUU